AUGAGCAGGUACAAUUUCGAGAAUGGACUUCGCAAAGUGGUACCGUAUCACUUUUCGUACCAGACACAUGUAAAACCUCGUUGGGUGGGAAGGACACUCGUCGAAGUAUAUACAUCAGAGUUCGGUGAGAAGGCCCAGAUAAUAGAGCAUGACUUAUCGCAAAAGGUGAUAUAUGUGUUGAGUAACUACGGAAAGAAAGGAGGGCCUGUCAAGAUAGAAGGGCUUGAGGCUCUAUGUGAUCGUAAAAUUGAACGGUUUGACAUGAUAUGUAAUUCUAAACACAUGCACGAACCAAGUGUUCCGGUUGGUGAAGAAUCAACAAGCCCCGGGAUUCCAAUUGUUUUUGAAAAUGACGAGCUCUUGGUAGUGAACAAACCUUGUGGUAUACCCACACAUCCUACAGGAAAUUACUACUACAAUUCCGUUACCGAGAUAUGCAAGUAUGAGUUAGGAUUGGCGAAUGUCUGGCCAUGUCAUAGAUUGGACAAGGUGACCUCGGGGAUAUUGAUUCUAGGAAAGACAAAAGAGGCAGGAAUUCGCUACCUGGGCAUCAUCCAGAACCAAAAAGAUAGGUUGGUGAAAGAGUAUGUGGCCCGGGUAGAUGGCGAAUUUCCCACUCAAGAGGUAAUGGUCAAUUGCCCUAUUUUCUCGGUGAAUUCUACCGGUGGUUAUAUCAAGCCAUUGAAUGCUGAAUCACUUCCUAUAAAUUCAACUACCUUGUUCAAAAGAAUCCAGUAUUGUCCAAAACUAAAUCAAAGUAUUGUGAUAUGUAAGCCUCUCACGGGUAGAAUGCAUCAAAUCAGAAUCCAUUUGCGGAAUUUGGGACAUCCAAUUUCAAACGAUUAUAUCUAUAACCCAGUAUUGGAUACCUUGCCCAAUCAUGAGAUCAAUGUACUUAACGGAGAAAUUGAAAAGGAGCUAUACAGGCGUGUUUUCGAGAAGUUUCCAUCCUUUGGAAAAUUUCAGGCCCCCGAUGUUUCUGUGAUCAAAACUGAUAAAUGUAUUAAUUUGUUCGAGAUUACCAACUGGCACGACGAUACUGGCUUAAAUGCUAAGGUGAAAGAUUUGAAAACUCAAAGACAAGCUAUGCUUUCUGAACUCAAACAGGAACACGGUGAGGUAUGCACUGAGUGUCGCCGAAGUUUAUUUGAUACUGACAAGGAUAUGACUGGGCUGGGUAUCUGGCUACAUGCUUACAGAUACGAGUAUUUAGGGGAAAAACCAGGAUUUUCCUUUCAAACCGAUAUGCCAACAUGGGCAAGAGAAUUAAAUUGA